UUCACAGGAAACCCAUCACCAACAGCAAGAAAACUCCAAGGACAAGUUGAACGCAAACAACGUCUCGGAGACAGUCCAUGGGGACUGUACCAGAUCCUCUGAGAUCUGCCAAGCUUUCCGUGGUCUCAGCUUCUGCAGAGGAAGAGCACCUGGGAGACCUGCAGUCUGCUAAGCACCAGCCCCAACUACCCAGUGGCCAGAGGACCAGCAAUGGCUUCCCUUGCACACCAUCCAGCUCAGCUGCAGUUUGCUUGUCUGACCUGAAAUGCACAGGUGCUGCCGGCACUCAGGGGUGUGAGCAGUGCCACAAGGACAAUGAGAGCCGGCAGGAAGCCUUUCCUCCUGGGCUUGCCAGCACAGCUGCAGAGGGGCAUCCUGCAGCUGUAAAUCCUGCUGGUUGCUCCCAGCCAGCGGGCAGCCGAACACCAGCAGCACCAACCCUUCCUGCAGCAGGAGCCCUCUUGGCAGGGCAAGGGCCAGAGAUGAUGCCAGCCCCCCAGAGCUCCCGGCAGUUCGUGCAAGGAAGCCAGGUGAAAACGAGCUCCCUGACACAAAUAGAUGACUCUGCCUUGAAACCUCAGGGGACCAAUGAUCAGCCGGCACUUGAGGUGUUAAAUUAUUCUUCCCCAGGUGAUCCUGUCAGGGGUGAUGAAUCCUGUCAUACUUCUCAGGCAAACCUUCUGCAAAGAGGGGAAAAAGACAGGGGAGCAGAAAAAACCGGUUCUGCUGCAUGUCAGUCAGCCUUGCCAGCAAGGCAAACCGAAACUGACCUGGGGAGAGACCCACAGACCAGUUUGGAGGCGAAGAGCGGGCCUGCAGACUUGGCGCAGUUGCAGCCCACAGAUAAAGCUGAAGCGGCGCAGAGCAACAAGGCACCAGCCCAGUUCAGCCACAGGAGUCCACAUCUUGUACACAACACAGACCCCAGGCCAGGAAGUCCAGGUCCCACCCAGCUCUCCAAAUUCAGAGAAACAGGUACAAUGACCGUUCAGCCAGAGAGCAGCUGUUUGACUCAGGAAGCUGAAAGUAGGACAUGGCGAGAUGCUGAGGUUCAGGCUGUGGCUGCCGUGGAGAGCAAAUCAGCUUCCACCAGUCCCAGCAUCCUUGUUGCCUUCUUGAAAGGAAAUCCUCCUCCAGAGGAGAAGGAAGAACUGCACAUAAUUUACCAAGGAGGUAUGGGGCUGAGCCAGGCUGAACGUACUGACAGUUUAUCCCCACCACAAAAGUCCCCGUGUUCUCUUGGUAUCACAUCAAAAUCGACUGUUAUGGCUGUGACUGCUUCAGCCCAAACCCAGCCUGUCAAACUGCCUGGGGUGCCGUCUGACAUGGUGUCUCCAGUGUCAGCAGAUAAUGCAAAACCUGUUGUCCCCUUCUCCCCUGCAGCCGUUACCUCCCAAGGGACACCUGUGCGUAAUGCUGGAAUGACCAGUGAAGCCCAUGAUGGCAAGGAUGCUGCUCAGCUGCCAGUGGAUGCUCCAGUCCCACCAAAGCCUGUCCCAGUCGAGCAGCUUGCUCUUGACUCCAGCAAUCAAACUCCAUCACAGUCUGGGACUGGCACUGAUGAACCAAGCAACACUUCCCCUGAUGCUGUCCCAGGAACCGAGAACAACGGGCGAGAUCUUGUCCGUGUUGCAGGAAGCAGCCCGUUAGCUUUACUCUGUAGCACAGACAGUGAAGUCAAGCAGAAGGAGGUCCCAGGUAGCUCUGAGCAAAAGCCUGCGCAAAGUAAGGGUGCAGGUCAAGGGGAGGCCAUUCCUUAUCAAUCUGUGGUAAAACCAAAGGAAGAAAACUCAAUGGUGCUUGAUCCUAAAGGAGGGAUGAACGUUAGCAGCCAGCCUACCACUGUCCAUGUAAAGGCGUGCUUGGAGGAUGUAGGUGAGAAGGAGAGCAGAGGCCAGGGAGACACUGGCCAGUCUCAGACAGCCAGCAGCCAGAACCUGCAGGCAGGACUGACACCUAAGUUGAGUGGGAGUUCUCCAGGUCUUGCCCAUCCUGUGGCGGCAUCUGCAGCUCUCCAGCAGCAAGGCUUCCAGGCCAGGGAGUGCAGACACGAGCUUCACACAGCAGCAAUUCCUGCUUCAGCUCAGGCCUUGCCAAACCUGGGGGAAAACAAAAAGCAGCACACCCCAGCCAUGGAGGCAAAAGUGCAAGUGAAGCAGUCCAAACACGUCAGGGAUGUUGUUUGGGACGAGCAGGGAAUGACAUGGGAAGUUUACGGUGCUUCCCUUGAUCCAGAAUCCCUGGGAAUUGCCAUCCAGAACCACUUACAGAGACAAAUACGGGAACAUGAGAAACUGAUCCGGGCCCAGAACAGUCAGACACGGAAAUCCAUUUCCUCGGAUACAUCCUCAAAUAAAAAACUGAAAGGGAGGCAGCACAACAUGUUCCAGUCCAUGCUGCAGAAUUUUAGGCGUCCUAACUGCUGUGUCCGACCUGCUCCCUCUUCUGUGUUAGACUGACGUGGUUUGCAGGGGUGUCUGGAUCUCUGCAGUGGUAGAGAGAAUCCCUCUCCUCAAGUCUCAAGUCCUGCUGUUCGGUUGUGUUACUGAGGUUGUGAUGCAGCAACAGUGGAAAAUUAUUCCCCUUUGUUUUCUGACUAGCCACAUGCUCCAUCGUGCCAUUAUUAUUGUCACAGCUGGUGUACUCCCACAUUAUGUCCCCAUCCCAACUACUGUCAGAUGAAAAGCUAGGCACUUAGCAAAAGCACAAAUUUCAAUUGCCACCUUGUUGCAGGGAGAGCAUCACCUUCUGUUAAAGUAGGAAGCAGAGAGAUUAUCAGAAUUAUUAUGGGAAAUUAUUUGUGUGCAUCAUGAGGUCUUAUACAAAGGGGUGGACUGGGGGAAGCUGAGGGAGGUGGAACUAAGGUUUAACAGCUGUCAAGAUAUAACACAAGACAACUUUCCUGGUGUGUAAGUUACCUACGCUGAGGCAAAUCCAUGAACAGGCUAUGGACAUUGAUCACUGAGCAGUCUCACUUCUGCUCAUACUGUGGGUCACUGUUUUCAGGUUAGCCCCAGGGAGCCAGGUCUUCCCCUCCUGUUGAAAUGGAGAAUGAGGAAAAGAGUGAGGAUCAAGACUGAAGGACUGUCUCUUUGGGAGAAGCUAAAUCAAUGGGAUUUUGAUGGCCAGAAGGGGAGGUGAAAGAGGGGCUUUUUGUCCCCUGCAUCAGCCAUGCUUAAUGUAUAAGCAGGUGAGGCACAGGAGAGCACAUUGGUAAAUGUACCUGCAUCCAGUGGGAUGGUGCCUGCUGGGGUGUUCCUGCCAAGUCUUUCAAAAGCAGUGAGCCCAUUCUGGCUCCUCAGCUGGGGUGGGCAGCCCCUGCUCCCCGCCUCCCACGGUGCUGAGCACCUCUCCUCUAAAUCACUCUUUAAAGUGAUGUGGAUCUUUCUUCUCUCUCCAGAGAUGUUCUCCCAUACGAGCAGGCUGUCCUGUCCAUGAGCCUCCAUGUCUAGUGUGGGUCUUUUUCCCUUUUAAGUCCUUAGCAAACUCUACUUUUCAGUAUUUUGGUGCUUUUCUUGCUGCCUUUCAUAAAACCAAUACCAUUUAUUUAGCCUGUGUGUAUUUUGUUUUACCUAACACUCUCUAUAUUAUAAACCAUUAUAUUGUUAACUUGAAAAAUUUACUUUAUAGCAGUACUGAAAUCUUGAGACAAUCUUUGCUGUAUUUCUGAAGUUAGAAAAGUUAUAGAAACUGCUAAUAAAAAGUAGCUUAGUGACUGUUUCUCCAGAAUUGUGAUAUACAAUAAUGUCUCAAAUGUAUGUUGGUCACAUUUCUCAACAUAAUAUUUUUCAGCCUGGGAAAUAUGUUUCCCACUAGCUUUUUAUUCUGUCCACUAGAGUUCUUAAUGGGAGGCUGGGGAACUCCUGCAGUUUGUAGGAAAUUUAGUUAUCAAUCCUGCAAAGCACUGAGGAUUUGGAUGCUGUAAUCCUGCAGAGUACAAGAGUUAAAUAGGAGUUACUUUUAUUCCAUUAAAGAUUUUUCAUGAAUCAUGAUGAUAAUUUUUUUUUCCAUCUGUAGUACCACAUGCCUGACUUACU